AUGCCAAAGUUAGUUUUAGUCAGACACGGUCAAUCCGAAUGGAACGAAAAGAACUUAUUCACCGGUUGGGUCGAUGUUAAGUUGUCCGCCAAGGGUGAACAAGAAGCUGCCAGAGCUGGUGAAUUGUUGAAGGAAAACAACGUUAAUCCAGAUAUCCUUUUCACUUCCAAAUUGACCAGAGCUAUCCAAACCGCUAACAUUGCUUUGGAAAAAGCUGACAGAUUGUGGAUUCCUGUCGUUAGAUCCUGGAGAUUGAACGAAAGACACUACGGUGCUCUACAAGGUAAGGACAAGGCUGCCACUUUGGAACAAUACGGUGAAGAACAAUUCACCACCUGGAGAAGAUCCUUCGAUAUCCCACCUCCAGUUAUCGAAGACGACUCUCCAUUCUCUCAAAGCAACGACCCACGUUACGGUGACGUUGACCCAAGUGUCUUGCCAAAGACCGAAUCCUUGGCUCUAGUCAUUGACAGAUUGUUGCCAUACUGGCAAGACAGCAUCUCUUCCGAGUUGCUACAAGGUAAGACCGUCAUGAUCACCGCCCACGGUAACUCUUUGAGAGCUUUGGUCAAGCAUUUGGAACACAUCUCCGAUGCUGACAUUGCUAAGUUGAACAUUCCAACCGGUAUCCCAUUGGUGUUCGAUUUGGACGAAAACUUGAAGCCAACCAAGCCUUCUUACUACUUGGACCCAGAAGCUGCUGCUGCAGGUGCUGCCGCAGUCGCUGCUCAAGGUAAGAAAUAG